AUGGAAUACGGUGCUUCAAUAGAAGGUUUGACAGAAGAACAACUCAAUAUUAUUUGUAUAAAAACAGUGAAUGACGAUGCUCUGCCCGUCGGUUCGAUUUCACCAGAAGUAGGUGUUUCAACAAAUAAACUUAAGGAAUAUGUGGAGCAAAAAUAUAAUGGUUAUCUUCAGCAAUAUUUACGCUACUACAUUGAAAAACCACGAAAAAUCAGACAGCUUCGGAUGAGUUGGGAGAUGAUAUUCAACGAUCGCAAGACUGAAGCACUUUAUCUGUGGUUUGUAUUCAUGAAUAAACCAGAUAUGGCCAAAUAUCUUUGCUCCAGAAGUCGAGAAUCUGAAACAUCAAAUCCAUAUCAUCCAGUAGUGCCUUAUCGAUCGACAUCGAAAAACAAUGAAUCGAAUCGCUUAAAAACUGGUAGCAUGCUUGAUCGAAUUAAAUGGUUUUAUGAAGCACCAAUGGUACGCUUUUACUAUAAUUUUAUAUUCUUCGUCUUAUUUCUGGCUUUAUUCAGUUAUGUUCUUCUUGUCGAUUAUUUUCCAUUGAACGUUUACGGCGAGACGCGAUCUGGUAUCCGGAGUUUACCAAUUCCAGUCACUGAAAUUAUUUUGCAUAUUUGUAUUGUAAGUUUGGCCAUCGAUGAAAUCUACCAGUUUAUCUCACAAAGGAUACAGAAGUAUGAUUACAGCGCCAAUCUUUGGAAUUAUAUGGAUUGGGCAGGCAUUUUAAUUUACUUGAUUGCAUUUAUUACUCGUUGAAUAUUGAUGUCGAUUGAUCUCAUCAUUUGGUAUAUUCGAAUACUCUACCUUUUUACAGCAAUCAAAGUUUUGGGACCAAAAUUAGUCAUGAUCUAUGAAAUGAUGAAAGAUGCUCUCUUGAUCUUUUUUUGCUUUAUUCUUGUUAUUCUCUUCGGUUUUUCGGUUGCUUCUUGGUCUCUCUUAGCAACUAAACACCAAGUCAUUUGGCCGAAUACGACUAAUGAAUCUUUCUCCAAUAUCACUGUGAAAGUGGAGAAUGGUGAUGAGCGCUGGAGUUGGCAAUUAUUUCGAGAUGUAUUCAAUUGGGGUCUUUGGAAAGUGUUCGGACAGGUGGCCGAGCCAUUUAACGAUGCUGUUAGUGAUGAAUCUGGUGAACAAGUUCCUCUGAUUGCCAAUAGUGCUAUAGUCGCUCCUGAUCCACUUUCAGCUGUCAAUAACGUUGACACUCGUCAGAUGAAUCGUGAAAAAGUUAUUGCUGAAACAUAUUGGCAAGAUCUAUUUGACGAAGAAAAUCAGAAAAAAACAUUAAACAAGGAGAAUAAUGACACGGCAACAAUAAUCCAGAGCUAUGCAGAUCAAACACCACUUAGUGCAUCAAUUCAGUGCAAGCGUGAACGUGUCCGUGACAUGCCAGUUACGCUAUUCGGAAAUAAAAAAGAAAUUAUCCGAACAAUAAAUGAUCGUAAUCGACACAUCCGAAUUGAAUUAUCUGAAAAACAAGAAUAUAUCUCAAUGUUAAACUCUGGAAAAAUAUCUAUUUUUGGAAAUUCAUACGACGUAGAUGAAUACUUGCCUUCUCCUAAAAUUUUAAUAUGCUCAAAAUGCAAUCAACCCGGUCACAUUAGAAAAAAUUGCCAAACAUCAAGAUUCGACAUAUGCAAGAGAUGCGGUGGUGAUCGCACAAAUGCAGAAGAACACAAAAAUUGUACAAUUCAGUGUCACCAUUGCAAAGGUGAUCAUACAGCAAUCGAUUUUAAAUGUCCAUUCAUUCAAGAAUAUCGUCGUCGGUUAAUAAUAGAAUUACGAAAUAGACCAGAUCUCUUACCACCUGGUGUUCAAUUAUUUAUUCCAACAGACUUCCGUGAACAAGGUGAAAGAACAAAAGUCAUACGUAAUAAAUCAGCUGAAAAUCAUCUACAACAAAUGGAAAAACAAUUAAUAUAUGAGAGAAAUGAUAUAAGAGCAUGGCCUCAAAUGCCAUCAAAAUAUACAAAUUUAGCUGAUUCAGUCAAAGAGCUAGAUAAUGAACUACAAACAUUAAAAAAGAAUUUCGAAGAUGAACAAAACAAAAUCGAACAGAAAUAUAAACAACAGCAAAAUAUAGUUAAACAAAGUUGGUUAAUAAUUCAACAGCAGAUGGAAACUCAUACUCAAAUUAUAACAACGAUUAAUAAUGCAAUAAAUCAAACAUUAUUCUUCACAUGUCAAAAAACUAUAAAUACGAUGGUUAAUGUAAUUAAUAAAAUCAAAACUCAAGCAAACACAAAUGAAUUUGAUGUUACUCUCAAUGAGCUCUCUACUUAUACGACAUUUAUCAAUGAUACACAAACUUCGUACAUCAAGCACCAAAGGUCACUAGAAUCACUGAUCAUUAAACAAAAGGAAGCAAUAGGAAGUGCACUGCAAUUAUUAUCUGAAAAUCAUGAAUAG